AUGAAUACGGAUAUCCUCGUCACUGGAGCAGGCGGCUACAUUGGAGGCUCCAUCGUCGCCGAUUUCGCAAGCCACAGAGGCGGCUUGCUCGAGACAGCUAAGAUCCAUGCUGCAGUCCGUUCAAAGGAACAAGCUCGGAGCUUGUCGAAGCUCGACGUGAGUGUGCUCCAGGUAGAUCUCAGUGAUCAAGAAGCUUUGAGUGGAUAUGUGCUUCGCAAUGACAUCGGGAUAAUUAUCCAUACCGCGACUUCUAUAGAUGCCCAGGUAGCGCUCAAUCUCAUUACGGCUCUGCGAAGGCGCCGCGAGACUAGCGGGAAAGAGACGUUCUUUGUUCAUACGUCUGGGCUAUCUGCAUUCGACGCGAACACUGGCUGGCCAUUUGGAGAAGUGAAAGAUAGUGACCCAGUAUUCGACCUUGAGAAACAAUCUGCGGAUUCGUAUAUCGUCAGACAGGUCGAUGUAUUUAUAGCUGAACAAACCAAAGCAGCCGGUCUAACAGGUGUAAUUGUCAUGCCACCAACGCUUCAUGGACGAGGCACCGGCACCUGGAACCAGCUCUCACCGCAAAUCCCGGCCCUCGUCAAAGCUAGCCUCAAGCAUAAGCAGGUUUACAAGUUUUCUGAGAACAGAGAAGUCAUAUUAACCCACAUAUCCGACCUAACGACCUUCUACGCCCAGCUCAUGGAAGCAAUCCUCCAAAGGAAACAAUUACCCACAGGCGAGCAAGGCUACUACUUCACAGUCUCACACGCCGUAGCCUGGUGGGAUAUUUUGGAUCGUCUAGCGGUGGCGAUGCACGCGCGUGGUCUUGUGAACGAACCGACCACAAAAGUAUGGCCGAGCGACGAGGUAGCGGCAGAGUCACUGGGCGUUCCAAUCAAGUUUGCACAUAGCAUGUGGAAUUCUAGCCCGAAAGUGGUGUGCGUGAACAAAGACAAGAUUGGCUGGCAGCCAACCUGGAGUAGAGAAAGGCUAGUGGAAAGCCUAGAUGAGGAGAUUGAUGAUUUUCUCGAGCUGGGUAUGCCGAAGAGUAGCCUCUUGGAUUCCCUGAAGCCUGGAUCAAGAGGUUGA